CUAUGGAAUUGUUCAAGUACCCACUGGACCUUGGUUUUGCAGGAAGUGUGAAUCUCAGGAAAGAGCAGCCAGAGUGAGAUGUGAAUUAUGCCCUCAUAAAGAUGGUGCUUUAAAGAGAACAGAUAAUGGGGGUUGGGCUCAUGUGGUUUGUGCUCUGUACAUUCCCGAGGUGCAGUUUGCAAAUGUUUCUACCAUGGAACCUAUCGUGUUGCAGUCUGUUCCUCAUGAUCGUUAUAAUAAGACAUGCUAUAUUUGUGAUGAGCAAGGCAGAGAAAGUAAAGCAGCCACUGGUGCUUGUAUGACAUGUAAUAAACAUGGAUGUCGACAAGCUUUUCACGUAACGUGUGCACAGUUUGCAGGACUUCUUUGCGAAGAAGAAGGCAAUGGUGCAGAUAACGUCCAAUACUGUGGCUACUGUAAAUACCAUUUUAGUAAACUGAAAAAGAGCAAACGGGGAUCUAAUAGGUCAUAUGAUCAAAGUUUAAGUGAUUCUUCCUCUCACUCUCAGGAUAAACAUCAUGAGAAGGAGAAAAAAUUAAAGAAUGACUGGUGCUUUGCAAAAUACCCAUCUUCAGUCAAUAAACUGGCCCAGGUGUUUACCUUAAGCUUUUUGGGGAUAAACUUAGGCCACCAUGAGGCUGUGGAAGAAUACCUGGCUUUGUUAAUGUUCCUGGCAGCUUCAUCUUUGGAAGGGACUAAAGAAGGAGCUAAUAUCUGGGAUCGAUCUUUGUGUAAAGGAAGUGUUUAUUGUGACUUACAU